AUGGCUCCUCACACGCCGUCUUCACACCGUCCCCGCAAGAAGAGAAAGUUCGCGACUUCCCCGGGCUCCAACAAUAACCUCAUAUUGGACAAGGGUGAUGGAAAGCAGUCCCCGGCAUUCCCGCUAGUCUCUUUUCUCUGGGGCGCACGCGCAGGAGCCUCACAAUGGCUGGUCCUCCCUCUUAUUCUCAUGACCGUUGGCCUGUUCCGCUGGGCUGUGAGCUUAUGGGGAUACUCUGGCUUCCAGGUCCCCCCGAUGCACGGUGAUUUUGAAGCGCAAAGGCAUUGGAUGGAGAUUACCACACAUCUUCCAGUCGCCAAAUGGUACCUUUACGACCUACAAUACUGGGGCCUCGAUUACCCUCCAUUGACCGCGUAUCACAGCUGGUUACUUGGCAAAAUUGGCUCCGCCGUUGAACCAGCAUGGUUCGCCCUAGACAGUUCCCGGGGCAUUGAAGAUCCCCGUUUGAAGGUUUAUAUGCGUGCAACUGUCGUCAUAUCCGAGUACUUGGUUUUCAUCCCCGCCGUCGUCAAUUUCUUGCGCCGCUACACUCGGAUGCAGGGUGUCCACGCUUGGUCCGCCUCAAUUGUUCUUGCGGCAGUUCUCCUUCAGCCAGCCAAUAUUCUGAUCGACCACGGCCACUUCCAGUAUAAUACCGUCAUGCUAGGAUUAGUGGUCGCGAGCUUGGACGCUAUAUUGGCUGGGCGCAUGCUGUGGGCCUGUAUCUUCUUUGUGGGUGCAUUGGGAUUCAAGCAGAUGGCGUUAUACUAUGCCCCAGUCAUGUUCGCCUACCUCCUUGGCGUCUGCAUUUUCCCUCGAAUUCGCAUUUUACGUUUCCUCAACAUCUCCCUCGUCACGUUAGCUACUUUUGCAUUGCUACUAGGCCCGCUUCUGGUCUGUGCCUCUAACGAUGAAGCCCGAAAGGUGUUCGCAUCUUCCCCUGUGCCACCCUUGAUCCAGGCAAUCCCUAUCUCUCUUGACAAAAGAUCUGUACUCUAUGGAGUGCUAUUUCAGCUAACGCAAAUAAUUCACCGCGUAUUCCCCUUCGCGCGCGGCCUUUUCGAAGACAAAGUUGCCAACGCUUGGUGUGCCAUCCAUACGUUCUAUAAGCUGACUCGCUUUGAUGCUACUCUGCUACAGCGGGCAUCUCUCGGUGCUACCCUAGGGUCGAUCAUUGUCCCCUGCGCCAUCAUUUUCCGUCAUCCCCGGGCUUCGCUUCUCCUCCCUGCUCUAUGCUGUGUCUCAUGGGGCUUCUUCCUGUUUUCCUUCCAGGUGCAUGAGAAGAGUGUUUUGUUGCCUCUGCUUCCGAUGACUCUGCUACUUGCCAGUGAUGGUGGACUGAGCAAGGAAAGCCGCGCCUGGGUCGGCUGGGCCAACGUGCUUGGAUCCUGGACUAUGUACCCUCUCCUCAAACGCGAUGAACUUCGGGUUCCCUAUAUCGUCAUGACCUUGCUUUGGGCCUAUCUUCUCGGUCUUCCUCCUACUUCUUUCGAGACUUACCGCAGUCGGCCAAACCUAGAGAACUCCAGUACUCAUCUUGAGCCCAAUAUUUUCACCACGCUCUUACAUUACGCUUUCUAUCUUGCCAUGAUUGCCUGGCAUGUUCUUGAAGCAUUUGUUUCCCCUCCGCCAGGCAAGCCAGACCUAUGGGUCGUCUUGAACGCCCUAAUUGGGGCUGGUGGGUUCGGAAUUGCCUACCUUUGGUGUAUGUGGAAGCUGCUCACUCAAUGCCGCAAAAUUGAUCGUCAAGCGGCAGAGGAGGAUAACCAAAAAAAGAAGCAAUAA